AGUCUAUUUUAUUUUAUGUUGCAGCACAUGAUCUACACACAAAAACGAAAAAAUAUCUUGCUUUAUAAUAGUAUAAAACGCCGAAAAGCUGUUCUUUCUUUGCAAAGCAGCUGACAGCCCCUCAGCAACAGCUCGUGGCAUGCAAAGUAGUCUUGCACUUCCCUUGACCAUAUAUGGAUCUUACCGGCGCGCAAGAGAGCAGACGGAAACGUCUCGGAGAAAUUAAAACGUUUUCCUGUCAUCAGAUGAGGACAAAUUAACGUUUAUUGCUUAGUUGACAUCUCCCGUCUUAAAGGGAUAUACCACCGACCAGUUGCGUAGAUUUCGAUGGGCGAAGAAAAGUCAGAGACGCACAGAAACAGUCGAGCAAGCAUCGCACAGCAGUGAAUGAGAAAUCCACAGAUAGUGAAUGAGCAUGUCGACGCUGCUGGAUCUGAAGAGCAGUGUGAUGAGGCAGGUGCAGAGGAGCCAGUCCCUGAGGACCAGGAGGGAGCCACCGGCCAGCACCAGCGCUGGAGGGAGUCCCCCGACGCUCGCACGCCGCUCUGGCACCAUCGUACACAGGGUUGCCAGGGGAAACGGGGAGUUCUUUGACCAAAUGAAUAAAAUCCUCCAGAAACAGGAUAGUCUGCUGUCUGCUGGCCAAACUGAGGAGGAGAGCAGCUGUGCUCCUCCACCCCCGGAGUGCAAAGACCAGGCUUUUGUUCCUGAGAGAUCCACCAGGGAUGAGCUGGAUUUGUUGUAUGAGGAGGCAAUCUACACCAUGGUCAAUCGCGUUGGGGUGCCGUCGCCAGAAUAUGUAACCAACGAAGGGGACAUUUUCAAUUACCUGCAGAAGGUCUUUGAUAUGGGUCAAGAGGAGCAUGACAUCAUCCUCCAGCGAGUCAGAGAAUCAAAGAAAGCCAGCUUUUCUCUCAGGGUCUCUGUGAUGAAAGGCAAGAAUCUCAUGGCAAAAGAUGCCAAUGGCUACAGUGACCCCUACUGCAUGUUGGGAAUCCUCUUGGGACAGUCGCCCAAAGACACUGAGGAGAAGAAAGAGAGGAAGUUCAGUUUUCGCAAGAGACGCGAAAAGUUAGAGAAGCGCUCCAGUGUUAAGGAAGUGCUGGCAGGUAGAGAUAUCCAGGUGACCGAAGUCAAACCGGAGACUCUUAACCCCGUGUGGAAUGAACACUUUGUUUUUGACAUUGAUGAUGUUCACAAUGACCUACUCCAUCUGGACAUAUGGGAUCAUGAUGACGAUGUUUCUGUUGCGGAAGCCUGUAAGAAGCUGAAUGAAAUCAGUGGAUUCAGAGGAAUGGGCAGAUAUUUCAAGCAAAUUGCCAAAUCGGUGAGGGCUAACGGGGCCGCUGCAUCAGGAAGUGAGGAGAAUGCUGAUGACUUCCUGGGUUGUAUCAACAUUCCGCUGAAUGAGAUCCCGGUCGUUGGUUAUGAUAAAUGGUUUAAGCUAGAGCCCAGAUCCAGUGCCUCUAAAGUUCAAGGAGAAUGUCACCUGAUUCUUCGCCUCUUCACCACUCAGAGAGACACAGCACUGAGUAAAAUGGCCUCCAAUGUAUCCAUUCACAAGAAGAUGUUAAGUCAGAUUCUGGACUAUGAGCAUAAUCAAAUUCAGAAAGAGCCUUAUAACUGGAAUGGACAAGUGUGUGCGGCUGCAUGGACUGUGCUGUCCCAUCAUGCAGUGCAGGCCGACCUCUCCCCUCUGCAGCAGGCCAUCAUCCGUUGGCAGUGUUACAGCAGCCAUCACCGCUCUCAGAGGAUGAGCUACGCUCUGCUCCUCAGGCUGCUGAAAACUGUGGAGGCAGAGUGGGAGGAUACCGCUGUUCACGGGGAGCUGGAGUGUCUCUUGGCAGAGAGCUUCAGACUUUACUGUGAUUACUGCCUGUCUCAAAUCAAGAGUAUGCGUCAAGUAUUCCCCUGCAACAAUUCUGCUGCCAUCAUACGCUGCGAGCUUAUGCUGAGGAGCAUUGGUCACAUGCAGGCAAUGGCAGCCUUUAGAGCAGUGUGCUCAAACCGCAGUGAACUGCACUUGGAAAUAGCAACAGUUAUAAAGAAAGGCACAGUUGAGUGGUAUGAAGGAAUAAUAUCAAACAUUAAACCAGAUGAAGGCACUCUAGAGGAGCAGCUGAGGCGUUUGGUUAUGGUGGUGGAUGCGGUAUGUGUUGAUGUGCAGAAAGGACAAAAUGUCUACAACACACUUUAUUACAGCUCUGUGAAGGUUGACUUCUUCAGCAUCUCCUACCGGCAGUUAGAGAAGCUUGUGGCAGAUGACGUGAAUGUAGCAAUGGAGAGAGUGUGUGGGAACCUGGAACAGGAGAGUUCACGGCUUACCCAAACCAUGGGAGAGACCCUUUUUGAGCUCUUCAUGUCUCUUAAGUCCCUCAAGCGCUUCAGGGAGUUUCUGCCUCUCAAAGACACUAAGAUGUUGGCUCUAACUGGAUUUCAUAACUGGUUCAAGACUUCUAUUCAUAAAUGGCUGGAGAUUGUACAUGAAAAGUCCACUGAAAGGAUCCGCAAAGCUGUGGAAAUGGAUCAGCUGGAGCCGAUCCAGAGACAGACCAAACACAGCUCCUCGGCGGUGGACGUUACUACAUGCUUUAGCCAGGUGCAGGAGUUCUGGGCCCAGCUGGCAUGGCCUGAUUCAGCAGGAGCCUUCAUUUUCAUCACACGCCUGACGGAUAAUUUCUGCAGUGAGGCGGUGUGUUACGCUGAGUUGAUCAAGCGCAAGAUUGAGAGGGACCAGCUGGGACGAGACCACAAGAGUUUCAUCAUGCAGGUUUGUGUCGCUCUGAACAGCUCGGAGCAUGUGCGUGUUUACCUGGGAGGUCUACCGCGGGAGCUGGACUGGCGGGGGGUCGAACAGGCCAUGGAGGAGUCUUGCGGAUUGGAAGGGAAGGACCAGGUCAACAAGUCCCUCAAUGGGCAGCUCUACAAUGCUGAUAUCGACCUGCAAAGGGAGGCCAAACGUAUAAUUGCACACCUUACUGAUAGGAUGCUUCCUGAACUCAGAAGAUGCAUUCAACACAUCAGCCUAUCCCCAGACUCCAUUAACAACGAUGAGGCUGUGGCUCCCCUGAUGAAGUACCUAGAUGACACUGUAGUCAUCCUCAAUGAGUCACUGGUUAAAGAGAAUCUAACAAGGGUUCUGCAGAGUCUGUGGGAGCUGCUCCUGCAGAUGAUCAUGGACACUGUGGCGGAAAACAGGGGCGUCCAGGUGGAAUUCUACACAAGGUUCCAGUACACCGUAGAGACACUGGUGCGGUUCUUCCAUGCUGAUGGAGAAGGGCUGCUUUUGGAAGAUCUUAAAAGUGGAGAUUAUAAGGCCCUGGACGAGGAGCUGCGUCUGAACAAAUGCUCCUCCUUUGAGCUGAUCGAACAGUAUUUCCUGGAGAAAAUCUCCCAGCAGAGAAUCUUAAAGCACAGUCGUUUUGGUCGCGUCAGUGUGAAGUGUUACUAUGAUGCCCCUGAGCAAAGACUCACUGUGGAGAUACUGCAUGCAGCUGACCUCAUUGCCCUGGAUGCUAACGGCCUCAGCGACCCGUUUGUCAUCGUGGAACUGUGUCCUCACCAUCUGUUCCCCACGGCUCGGAGUCAGCGCACCCAAGUGAAGCUCAAAACCCUGCAUCCUGUUUUUGAUGAGCUUUUUUACUUCCAUGUCAGCCCUGAGCAGUACAGGCACAGGUGUGCCUGUCUGACCUUCACUGUGAUGGACUAUGAUUGGUUGUCCACUAAUGAUUUCGCUGGCGAGGCUGUUGCCCCACUGAGUGACUUCUGCUGGCCGGGCAGGCCGAGUGCCACACCUGCUGGAAAGACCCUUCAACCCAUUAUCCUGCACUUGUCCCGCCAAAAACCAAGCGAGAAGCCCAUCAUGAAGAUGCUGGAGGCAAGAACAGGAAACAGAGAGGCUCAAGAGUUCGUGCGAAAGCUGAAAGAGAUCGAGAAGUCAAUGGAGGAAGAGUAAUGUGUCCCUUGCAGUGCAUGUAUUUCUGAUGGUGGUCUUUUUUACAUGUUGUACUAUGUUUACUCUUUAAAAGCAAACUCUUUGAAAUGUAUUUUUCACUGUUGUCCAGAUAAAAAGGUAAGGUAAAUGAUCAUGUUUGAAGAUCAGUAUUUUAUCACUGUUCAGCACUUAAUGUGUGCUGUUUUGAUGUCGAAGCCCUCUGAUGGAGCUUACUGUUGAUAGAAUUGUAUGCAUUUAGUAGUAGAAGGGUCUAUUUUGAAAGAAACAUUUAUCAGUUGAAUUGAAUUCAAAUGCUUACCUGAGCUAUAGAUUGUGACUUGAACUUUGAAAUAAACACAGAUGUUUACUUGAGGAUUUUCAACAAGCACUAUAAGAGUAACAGAAUUUCUGUCCAUGCAGCAGUUCUGCAAGGCCACAUACACACUGCAGAUAAAUAUGGUUCACUGCAAAGAUAUCCUUUCUUGAUCAAUAUUUUUACUUGUUUUUAAGUCAACAUGUCCAAAAUAACAAAUAAAAUUUGUUUUCAGAGAAUAUAUCAAAUUAAGGUUCUUUUUCUUACCUCAUAGGUGUUAUAUAUAUAUAUAUAUAUAUAUAUAUAUACAGGAAAAACUUUUUUCCAAACAUUUUGAAUGGUAGUGUAUGUCUACAGAUAUUAAAAUUAUAAAAAAAAAAUGGCUUAACUGAGUUUUUCAAGCUACCAGCCUGCAAGAGAGAUUCAUAAGUUUAUAUUUGCUCCAAACACAUAAAUCAAAUGUCAUUUUCAACUGGCCUUUAAUAUUUCCCCAGAAAAUGUUUGAGAUGGAUAAUGUUGAUUUUCUUUUUUUUUCUUUUUUUUUUUAUACAGCAACUCCUGCAUUACACACACACACACACACACACAGAGAAGGGAUUCACUGUCACUCCCAAAACUUUGUAGUGUGUACGUGGCCUACAUGUAGCAUAAAAGGCAACAGAAUGUUGAUGACUUUUUCAUGUAAUCAUACAGCAGUGCCGAUAUGAUAAUGUUUACCUUAUCAGUGAUCGAAAGGGUUCUCUGUUCACUCUUAUCAAGGAAAAUACUUUCUGAAAAGUCCUUUAUCUUAAACUGUGAACGUUCAGUAUUUGUCCUUGAAUCGCACUGCAUUGUGUUGAGAUUUUAUCGUAGCAUUUCUGUAAGAUGUUGUCUUUCCUAAAGAAUGUAUUCGUUUAUGCCAAGUGGUCUAUCAAUUUACGGGUUUAAUGUUCAGAUGGUUCUCUUCUCUCGUAUUUUCUCUGCCAAAUUACUUGUUUCUAUUGCCAGUAAAUGAUUAGGGUAAAACGUAGGACUUUUUCACACCGCAAAGGCUUUUCACCACAAUGUUUUGAAUGUCUGGCUACUUUUGUGACUGAAGCAGGUGCAGUAUAUGGGGGUUUAUUGGAUUUAUGAACUCUUCUUUUACAUUCUUUCCCAUCUGUACAUUACCAAUAGCACUCAGCAGGCCACUUCCUGUUCAGCUAUUAUAACUACAGCCUGUUACUUUUCCUCAGCAGCAUCUCUCUUCCUCUGACCUUCACACUUAUCAUGUGCUAUUCACCUCCCAGUGAGUUAAAACCACCCGAAAUAAGCCACUGGCAAACAAAUGAAGGCCAAGCCUGCUGAAACAUACCAUAGCACCCAGCAACACUGAUAUUAUUGCUCCACUUGAAACACGCUCGAGAAUGUGAUACUGUCAGCAACUCUGUCUCUUUUGUGACUCCAGUAAUGGUGUAGGUUAUAUGGUGUGUGUGUGCAUGCACGUUGUGUGGCUGCGUGCACUUUUAAUUCAAUAAAGAGAUGAUAACAACUAAA